GUCAACUCUAAUAAUUAAAUCGAAACUGCUUCAGACAAACAACAACGAUAACACCAAUAUCAACUCCAACGCAAUGUCGCAGAUAACUGUAGAACCCCUCACAUUCCCAGAGACAUCUGGCGUAAACUUUGGAGCCAUUAUUCAUAAUGCAGAUGUUGAACAUCUCACUGAUGCCGACUUCGAUGUUAUUCGCGAUGCUCUUUUCAACCAUCAAGUAAUCGUAUUUAAGAACCAAUCCGGCACAUCGCCGAAAGCUCAAUUCGAGCUAACGCGACGCUUCGACCCUGCCGGAACCUCGUACGGUCAUGGCAAGACGAUCGAUGCGAAGCGCAGCAUUUUACAUCCCGAUCUCAAGACCAUUCCGCAUCAACCUCAAGUGCAGGUUAUCGGUAAUGGGUUUGUGCCCGAGUAUGAAGGCUUGAAGAAUGCCCAGCUCAAACACCCACAUCACAAAACCUUUCAUGUGACUACUAUUCCUGAUGAGGAAGACCUCGAUUUCACCCGCUUCUACCGUUGGCACAUCGAUGCUGCCCUGUACGGACUUGCUCCUCCGAUAGUGACUACGCUGCUUGCGGUUAAAGUCCCGGAUGGCCGCCGUCAGAUCUGCCGCUAUGAUGAUGGAACCGGCGAUGAGUUGGAUGUCCCCUUGGGCACUACGGCGUUUGUCUCCGGUUAUUCGAUGUACGAUAUCCUCUCCGAGGCCGAUAAGGAGUUUGCGCGCACAACUAAGGUUGAAUACGCGCCGCACCCGUACAUAUGGAUCAGCAAAGCUAAGUCUCGUCCUACCGGGCUAGGCAUGGUCUCCCAGGGUUUUGAAGUCCCCCUAAAUGACCUUCCUCCUAUCGAAGAGGACAAGAUCCAGGUUUUGCCUUUGUGUUGGCGUAAUCCGGUGACGGGCAAACUCGCCUUACAGGUGCAUCCAUCACCAGCCCGGAAACUUCACCUCGCAGAUGGGACCAUUAUCGACGACCUAGAGAAGGUCCGCGAGAUCAUAUAUCGGUUGCAACGCCCAGGUAUCGCGCCCAAAAUGGUAUAUGCGCACGACUGGGAAGAGGGUGAUUUCGUGCUCUUCCAUAACCGGGGAUUGCUUCACUCUGUUGUCGGUGCAUUCGCCGAGGAUGAGGUUCGAUUGUUUAGGCAGUGCAAUAUUGCGGCGAGUCAUUUCCCGGAAGGACCCGAGUCCAUAGCGGUUUAGUCUAUUUCCUAAAUUUGAAUUUAUUUCAAAAGAGCAUGUCUUUAUAACCAUAUUCACGAUUAUAGAUGGGAUUUCUGAAGUAUAUCAAUAAACAUCUUACUAUUGAAAGGUACCUACUCCAAC